AUGCUUGCUCGCAGUGCUGUCCUCAACCAGUCCGGCCCCACUGAGUUUGUGUUCCGCCUGUUCACCGCCGUCCCCGAAUUCCAGGCGCUCCUCUUCCUCCUCUUCCUCCUGCUCUACCUGAUGAUCCUUUGUGGCAACACAGCCAUCAUCUGGGCGGUGUGCACACACAGCUCCCUGCGCACCCCCAUGUAUUUCUUCCUGUCCUGCUUGUCCUUCGUGGAGAUCAGCUACACCACCGUGGUGGUGCCCUUACUGCUUUCCAACGUCUUUGGAGCCCCGAAGCCCAUUUCUCUGGCUGGCUGCGGGGCCCAAAUGUUCUUUUUUCUCACUCUUGGUGGUGCUGACUGUUUCCUCUUGGCAAUCAUGGCAUACGAUCGCUACGUGGCCAUCUGCCACCCACUGCACUACACCCUCAUCAUGACCCAGAAGCUGUGCAUCCAGAUGGUGGCCUGCGCUGUGGCUCUGGCGCUCUACUUGUCCCUGCAGCUCACAUCCUUAAUCUUCACCUUGCCCUUCUGCGGGCGCCUGCGGGAAAUCAACCACUUCCUCUGCGACGUGCCUCCAGUCCUGCGGCUGGCCUGCGCGGACAUCCACGUGCACCAGACCGUCCUCUAUAUUGUGAGCAUCCUCGUGCUGGUCGUCCCCUUCAGCCUUAUUUCUGUUUCCUACGUGUUCAUCACCUUGGCCAUCCUGCGCAUCCGUUCGGCUGAGGGUCGCAGCCGGGCCUUCUCCACCUGCUCCUCCCACCUCAUGGUGGUCUUGCUGCAGUAUGGCUUCUGUGCCUUGGUCUACCUGCGUCCCCAGUCUGGCGCCUCCGUGGAUAAGGACCGCCAAUUUGCCCUCAUUUACACUUUUGUCACUCCCUUACUCAACCCCCUGAUUUACACCCUUAGGAACAAGGAUGUCAAAGACGCUCUGAGAAAUGCCAUUAUCAGUAAAUCGGCCUCCGACACCCAUUGA